AUGCUGAUACAAACUGGUACGCUCGGUUGUAUCCCCAGGGCAGCUGAAGCGGAUGCCUUGGAAGCUGCUGCGGCCGCCUUCCGCGGGUCCGCAGAGAAGGCGCCAUCACUUCGUGUCCAUGACGAUGACAACCAGGAAGAGAACGAAGGCAACAAAGGCCAAGACGAGUCGAAUUUGUCGAAUGCGGCAGAGCAAGAAAGCUGA